GACCAAAAGUCAGAUUCAACCAUAAGAACCGGAGAAUACGAGACGACGCACCCAGAAUCAUGGCUGUUGAGAUUACUGAUGGACGGAUCAAGGAUGGGUUGGUGACCUUGACGUCGGAACAGCAGGAUGAAACUGAACGCGCCUGCGAACCUUACCUUUCCCUUUCCCAAAUGCCCCUCCUCGAUCGGGAAAACCACCUCGACUGGCUUCAAGGUGGUCUAGACGAACUCCCAGACUACAUGGUCAUGCUUGACGCAUCCCGCCCAUGGAUCAUGUACUGGACCCUGAACGCUAUGGCACUCCUCGGAGGCGACAUCUCCAUCUACCGCGACCGACUUAUCUCCUCCCUCCGUUCAUGUCAACACCCUGAUGGUGGCUUCGGUGGUGGUGAUGGACAGUUGGCACACCUUGCGCCAACCUAUGCCGCAAUCAACGCACUUGCUAUUGUGGGUGGUGAGGAGGCGUAUGAGAUCGUUGAUCGGAAAGCGAUGUAUUCCUGGUUGAUGUCACUCAAGCAGGAAGAUGGCUCCUUCCUCAUGCUCUACGGCGGCGAGAACGAUAGUCGAGCGAUGUACUGCGCAUUGUCAAUCGCCUCAUUGCUCAACCUCACCACACCCGAACUCACUCGCGGCUGCGCCGAAUGGCUGAGUCGAUGCCAGACAUACGAAGGUGGUCUCGCGGGUGUCCCUGGCGCAGAGGCCCACGGUGGUUACGCAUUCUGCGUCCUCGCCUCUCUCUGCCUGCUCGGCCCUCCAUCCGAAGUCUUGCCCAAGUACCUCAACUUCAGCAACCUCGUCCGCUGGCUGUCAGCGAGACAGUACUCCCCCGAAGGCGGUCUAUCCGGCCGUACCAACAAACUCGUCGAUGGCUGCUAUUCAUGGUGGGUAGGCGGCUGCUGGGCUCUCGUCGAAGCCGCAAUUCCUGCUUCGAAACUCCAACGUCCACUCUGGGAUCGUGGAGAGUUACAGAAGUAUAUCCUCGCAUGCUGCCAACACAAAAACGGUGGACUCCGCGAUAAACCCGAGAAGUGGCCUGACCACUACCACUCCUGCUACGUACUGAGUGGGUUGUCGGCGGCACAGUACAAGUACACGUACCGUGGUGUUGGGAUCGGGAUGGAUCUUGGGAAUGCGUUCGCGUGGGCCGCGGAGGGGACGAGGAAGGAGGAUGGGAUUGAGGUUAGGAAGGAGGAUAAGGUGAAGAUGGUGCAUCCGGUAUUCGUGGUACCGUGGGGAUGUGCUGAGCAGAUGAGGAAGUGGGCUUUGGCGAAUCCCAUUCAAUGA